AUGCUCCAGCCCCGGCUACGACCAGUUUGCUUUCAAUGCCGCAAUCUCCUUUCUGCUUUUCGACACACCUAUGCCACGGCGGUAGAGAAGCCUGUGCCGGCAUCGAGCACCUCCCAGCAGGUCACAUCUUUCUCCCCGCCAUCGUCAGCGCCAAGGAGAAAUAAAGAAACAUUCCAAUUGAAGACCUACAAGCCGCGCACCCCGGGUGUGCGACAUCUGAGAAGACCCAUCAACGACCAUCUCUGGAAGGGAAAGCCGCAUCGACCCCUCACAUUUCCCAAGAUCGGCCAUGGCAAAGGUGGAAGGAACAAUUCGGGGAGAGUGACUGUGAGACAUCGCGGUGGAGGCCAUCGAAGAAGAAUCAGAACCGUCGAUUACAUCCGAGCCGCGCCGGGAAAGCAUCUGGUGGAGCGCAUAGAGUAUGACCCGAACCGUAGUGCGCACUUGGCGCUCCUGACGAAUGUGAAGACACAAGUCAAGUCCUAUAUCAUCGCUGCAGAAGGCAUGCGCGCCGGUGAUGUGAUCGAGUCUUUCCGCGAAGGCAUCCCAGGUGAGCUGAUGAAAAGCAUGGGUGGAGUUGUCGAUCCGGGGAUGUUGGCAGCGAAGACGGCCUUCAGAGGCAACUGCUUGCCUAUGCGCAUGGUGCCUAUGGGAACACAGGUCUAUUGUGUCGGCUCGCAUGGAAACGGCAAAGGAGCAGUGUUUUGUCGAAGUGCCGGCACAUUCGCUACGGUUGUCGCAAAAGAGGAGCGCGGGAAAAAGGUUGUCGAUGUCACCGUCAAAUUGCAAAGCGGUGAGGUGAGGAAGGUUCACAAAGACGCUUGCGCGACCAUUGGUGUUGCGAGCAACCCACAUUGGCACUUCAGACAGCUGGGCAAGGCUGGUCGAAGUAGAUGGCUGAAUAUCAGGCCUACCGUGCGCGGUGUGGCUAUGAACGCCGUCGACCACCCUCACGGUGGUGGACGUGGUAAGAGCAAGGGAAAUGUGCACCCUGUAUCGAUCUGGGGUACUCCGGCCAAAAGUGGAUACAAGACGCGCAAGAAGCGCAACAUUAAUCAGUACGUUGUUCAGGAGAGGCCCCGUAACCAAGGCAAGCGAAGGGCCAAGAAUUAG